UGUAUGGCUCGCACGUGCGUCCGACUUGCAUUGAUUGACGCUGGCUUCGUGGACGCCAACAAACUCAAGAUCAAGUGUAGGCCGUAUGCUCAGCCUCAAAGCAUCGUCGAUGUUGUACGCAAGAAUUUGGCGAGCAAGCAAGCGGCACAGAACAAGACGAGAGCGUCUUUGAAGAACACCGAUAGGCCGUUCACGUUGCACAGGCGAACUGGUACCUCUGUCUCAACGACUCCACUGGCCUGCACGACAAGGAGCAUGGCAAGCGUACCCCAAGAUUCCAGUUCUAGCGAUUCGAGCAAGGCGAAACUUUCUGAGCGGAUUGCCAAUCAAACAGCCGUCGAUCAGGGGACUUCCGGUCGAAUUCUGAGAGCAGGCGGUACAAACAGAACAUCCAUAGUCGACUUUGGGGCACCUAGCGACUCGGAAACCGAAGAGCGCACCACUCGACACCUGUCGUCUAGUAUCAGACGAAAACGAGGCUACCACACAGAGAAUACCAGUCCUUUCGAUGAGGCUGGACCACUCAACAUCAAGAGACAGAGAGCGUCACACUACAACUCUCUGUCUCUUCUCGAUGACCUGGAUGGUAUAGCUAUACCCAAACCCAACGCCGCAGCACGUGCUGCACUCGAAGACCAGAUCCGUGAACUAAAGGAGACAAAGGCCGCGCUUGCAGCCGACAUUGAUGACAAAGAAGAAAAACUGGAACGCCACGCCGAGUUCAUCGCCGAGCUACAACACGAAGCCGCCGGUUACCAAGAACAAAUCCAGGACCUCACCAAACAGAACGAUAACCUCACCAAGCAGAAAGGCAGCCUCGCCAGUCAGAAUGACAGCCUCACCAAACAGAAUGAGAGCCUCUCCACGCAGACGAACAGUCAGUCAGCACGGAUUGACAAUCUCUUCAAGCAAAACCAGGGCCUGUUCGAUCGUGUCGAGGCCCAGAGCGAGAAGCUGUCGAAGGUCAUGCUGAAGAAUGACGAGCUGGAAGAGUUCAAAAGUGCGCACGUCAUGCACUCUCAGCCCGUCUUGCUGGAACUGAUGACGCGCAAGAAUAGGACAAAUGGUAGCGACGAGGAGCGUGCUGCGCUGGAUGCGAGGGUUCAGUAUAGGGAUAUCUAUGGGGUUGAUCCGGUGGAGUGAAAUCUAUACGACAGGACUUGUUGUAGGGAGGCUGGUCGUGCUUUGUUUCUAGGAUACUUCAAGCGACAGUGAGAUGCAUCGGUAUGGAUUAUGAUCAUGGCAAACCGUCGGCUGGAAGCGGAGGCGGAGUAGGCCAAAAGUCAAGUCAUGUAUCCAAAGAUCUGAGGGAAUCUGUAAGAGUUGUUGAAUACGGUGCAGAUGAAGGCGGUGCGUUGGUCUUCUAUGAGUAGGUACCUAUAUCAAAAACAAAACCAUCA